GUGCAUCCACGCGCCUGUGUUUCCAUUUGCAACUCCUGCGUUUUUAUUGAGCUUCUUCAAUGAAUCAACAGCAGAAAAACCUGCAAAUUGAGCAAAUGUCCCUCUCUCGGAAAACCCAUCAAAUCCAGCUUUAUUGACCCACAAUAAAUGCAAGAUAAGUGGUGCGCCAAAGCAAAAAAGAUUUCAUGAGAUGAUAUUUCAUUCCUGGAUGAUCCAACUGAAGGGCCUUCAUUACAAACCCUAAAGAAGAAGUGCAUAGAAGAAAGUCAGUUUUGUAACUCCAUGAAUGGCCUCAGUGCCUGAGUGUGCAUAAAAGAAGUCAGACAUGAGCAUCCCAACUCGUUUUCAAGAAUUGAGGGUCAAUGUUGAUAGAGGUCAGAGGAUCGAAAAUAAAACUGGGGUCCCGUUCACCCCAUCUGAUGAUAAUAAUGCUAAUCAGUUAACUUCAAUCACUCAUAGAGAAGGAAGGGGCUUAGUUGAGGACAGAGGCUACAACACAACCUCCAUACCUCCAUUGGUCUGUCAGAGUGACUCCCCAGACAAGUUAGUGAUCUGGGGCUCAGAGCAGCAAUGCAUGGAGCCUGAGCUCAGAGAGUUUGAGCUUUUGGAGAGUCAGGAGAUUCAUACAUUCUUGAGAAAUAGAGAUGAAGAGGAGGAAGAUGAAGGAGGAAGUGUUAGAGAUGGAAAGGAUGAUGGUGCUAUGUCCAUAUCCUCAAGUUCAACUGCCAGCUCUGCUUCGCUUGGCAUGAGGAGAAAUGACAAUGACAGCAACAAAGUGGAGGGCAGAGUACAGAGGGGCAAAGAGAGAAGAGUUGCCUGUCACAGCACUGAAGAUCUAGAUACAUGUGUGACAGCUUUAGUAGAGAAAAGAGACACCAGGUCAGGAAGGGACAGACAGAAAGGAGGUCUGAAGGAGUCCAAGUCUGAGACCAAUGUGUUUGUCUCCAGUCUGUCAACUGUUUCCCUCAGCGGAAGCCUUUCUAGUGCUCUGGACUCUAGUGGCGAUGCAGCUUUCAUCUCUCUGUCCAGUUCUAUGGCCAAUCCAUAUCCCAAUGUCAACAACACUACCUCAGUUCAAUCCAGCAGAAGGACAGCUCCUGUAAAUGCCAGACAGAACUUCCCUUCCAUGAACCCACACAUGAGACAUGACUGCCCUCAAUACAGCAGCCAGGAUCAGAGUCUAGAGAAGAGCCAUCAUAAAAAUGGACUGACUUCUGAUGGAAUUUUGGGACAAAGGAGAAAGGCUGGAUUUGAGGAGAGGGUGCUCCCACCUCGAAGGCAACAGCUUGUCAGACCCCUCUGCCAGACAGAAAUGGGAAGAGAGAGAAGUGUGAUAGAGUCAAUAGCUAAGCAAACUGAGACAGCCCUACCCUCCUCCCUUAAUUCCUCACCAGAGUCACACAGUAAUGGAUUAAACAGAAAGUUUGUGAAAUCAUCUUUACGGGAACCAUCAGAUUUCUCCCACCUGUACAACACAACUGCAGUCUCCCAGGUCAGGCAGACCAACCAGGCAUCCCUGAGGGAGGUUCCACUGAUGGAAAAACAGUCAACUAUAACUGCACAGCAAAGAAAUGGUUCCCCAAACAAUUCUACUUUAGAGAAAAGACCCCAGACACAGCUCACUUAUCGAAGAAAUUGCUCCAGUCCCAACAGGACUGGGGUUGAAUCCAGGUCAUCUACCCCUCCUCACUCCCCUCUCAGGACACCCCAGGGCUCACCACACAGGCAGCCAUCCAUGUACUUUGUUUCCAGGAACGUCUCUGGGGUGACCAGGCACACAUCAGGAUGCAACCCUGCUGUACCAACGUCAGCUCAGGGCUAUGGCAACAGUUGCUUGAGAGCCCCAGUCAAAACUAAUAUAAGCACAAGUGGAAUCCCUAAAGCGCCUCUUAACAACCAGCAGAGCUCCCCCAACUCAUACUCCAAAGAGAACUCCCCAUCACCUAAACUUAAACCUAAAGGAGUUCGCCCAAAAAUCAUUACCUAUGUCCGGAAGAAUCCCCAGUUUAAGCCCCAGGCAGCUGAUGGGCCUUAUCAGGUGUCCUCUCUUCCAUCCAGGCUUUCAACAUACACCCACAUCCAAACACCCUCUUCCUGCAAAGAUGCACCUAAAGAGUGUACCAACCCUAAUGCAGAAAUCAGAGGAGCUUCAGUACUUAGUGCAUCCAAUCUGCUUUAUGACAAAUACCGGCAAGAGAUGCAGGGAAACAAUUUCCCACCAGGAAUGCAGAGCAGGAGUAUAAGGGCUCCUGGACACACAAACACAAUCCCUCCUGCACAUGCACACAGCCACACAGCACCCCCAAAUCUGGGAGGCAAAGCAGAUGAUUUCUAUGGGGCACCACCACAAGUGGGAAGAUCGAUCAGUUUGAAAGCCAGCUCUGCUGAGGAUGCACUGCAGAGCAGAACAGCUGCACAGGCCGGGGGGAGUGGCAGUCUCCUGCGCUCAGGCAGAGGACUGCGUCUAGGCCUGGGAGCUGUCACCAGGACGACUGCAGGCUUGGCCAAGGGCAGAAGGCCCAGUCAAGGACAGAGGUCAGCACUGGUCUUCAGCCAGCCAGUGCAACCUGUCAGCCCAGCUACUAGUCAUAGAGGCCAAGACACCACAGAUGAGCAGAUUCUCAGCCAUCAAGCUCCAGCUUCUCCUCCUGCUUCAACAGCAUCAGCUCAGCCUCAGUCUGCAGCCUCCAGGUCUCUGCUUCCCAAAGCAAGCCAGUCAGGCCUGCGGCCCCCAGGCUUCAGCUGCAGCCGUCUCCCCGCAGGCCGCCUGGCAGCAUUUGGCUUUGUCAGGAGCUCCAGCAUCUCCUCUGUGUCCUCAUCCCACUCUGCUGACAGCACACAGAGUGACCCCUGUAGAACAGCACACUGUCUGGUUGUGAGUGAGGACCCUCCUCUUCACAGAGUUGCAACAGGCCAGCCGACAGAUCCACAGAAAACAUGUCGCAGCAACAGCCUCCAGCCUCCCUCCACUCCGGCCCUGCCCCGCCGCUACCUGCCUCCCCAGCCAAGGAGCUCCCCUGGAGUUGGCAGGAAGGAGUUUCAGCGGAGUUCAGAGGUUACACGCUCCCUCCCGUCUUCCCCAAAAAGACUGGCAGUGGUUACUCCCAAACCUCAGUCUCCAGUCCAGCCCGGUCAGCGGCCUGCAGCAGCUGUGCGGGGUUCUGCUCCCUUGGGGUCGCCUCUCCGUGUGGCCCCCCUGAGGCUGCAGCAAGAACAGCAGGAAAGCCUGCAGAGAGAAAAAGAAGAGGCUCGGCAAAAAGAGAGAGAAAGGCAGGCAGAUGAGAGGGAAAAGGAGGAGGAAAGGCAGGAGGUUCAGCGGCUGCAGGGAUGCUGUGAACAGCAGGAUAGACAGCUGAGAGCUCUAAGACAUGAGCUAAAGAAGAUGUCUCUAGGUGUAGAGGCCUUCAUCAUCACCACUCAGCAUUAUUGCCUGAAGAAUGACAAUGCAGAAGAAAGUCGAAGGAAACUAUCCAUGGAAAUGCAAAAGAUCAGAGAAGAGAUGGCAUCCAACUCAGCACGUUGGGAGAAACUCCAACGGGACAAAACAGCACUGGAGGUGGUGUUUGAGCGAGAGCUGCAGGAGCUCCAGCUGCAGCAGGAGGCAGAGUUGGCUGCCGUGGAGGAAGGGCUCAGGAAGUGUCACACAGCAGAGACAGACCACCUGAAGGCAGAGCAUCGAUCAGAAAUGGAGGAGCUGAGGACUCAGCAACAGGAGCAGAUGGAGGAGAUGACAGCCAACCACCAGGCAGCCAUACAGGAGCUAAGAGACAUGCAUAAUAUCACUAUGGCAACACUGCAUGAGGAGCACGCCCGUACCAUGAGAGACUUAAGAAAAGCUCAUGAGCAACAGAAAAAUCUUCUAGAGGAGGACUUUGAGAAACUCAGACUUUCUCUACAGGAUCAAGUGGAUACCCUCACGUUUCAAAACCAGAGUUUAAGGGACAAAGCCAAACGUUUUGAGGAGGCUUUGAGGAGAAGUACAGAUGAGCAGAUCAUUGAUGCUUUAGCUCCGUACCAACACAUUGAGCAAGACCUGAAGAGCCUAAAGGAGGUUGUUGAAAUGAAGAACCAGCAGAUUCACCAGCAAGAAAAGAAGAUAUCUGACCUGGAAAAAGUGCAGGCCCAAAAGAAUGUAUUCCUCGAGGAGCAGGUCCAGGUUUUGCAGCAGCAAAAUGAAGAUCUGAAGGCUCGUAUUGACAUGAACCUUGCCUUGUCCAGGCAAUUAUCAGAGGAUAACGCUAACCUGCAGGAGUCUGUCGAAAAGGAAAGCACCGAGAAGAAGCGCCUGAGUCGGAACAACGAGGAAUUGCUGUGGCGUCUCCAGACCAGCCCUCUGAUGUCCCCAGCAUCCUCCCCGCUGCACCGUUCCUUCUCUCCCUCCCCCGUACCUUCAUCUCCAUUCUUCUCCUCCUCACCUGUGGCAGGGUGUGAUUCCCCCACCCACUGCCAUGGCUGCCCCCAGCAGGCACAGUAUUGCUCCCAUAGAGUGGCCACCAAUCAAAACCUUUCCCCUGGACAAGCCACACCCACUCACAGGGCAGCUGUCAAUCAGAAUUACUCCUCCGGCCCAAAUACACCCACACACAGAUCAUCGCCUGGUCGAUGUAACUCAAAUGCUUGUGUUUCCUCUUUACAGAGUUAAACACAUUACUUUCCCCCCCUCAUUCUCUUUUUUUUUCUCUUUCUCUCUUUCCUCUCCCCACUUCCCGUUUCAGCAUGAACUGUAGUACAUGAGGAAGUCACAAGACUGGUUUCUGGUCAUUACAGGACCAACUGUAUAGACACUGUCAAACUACUGAGGUUACACAAUCUGGAAUCUCCCAAGCCAGUGGUAAUACCCCUCGUGUUAUAUACAGAAAUACAACAGUGAGGAAAAUAUAUACAGAGAACAGCUGACCGCAGCUCACUUUUAUGUCCUCCAAUACACAUUUUUGAUCAUAUAUUCUUUAAAUGUAGACUGUAAAUACUAUAAGAUAGCACCACAGGUAGUGUUGAAAGAUGAACCUUCUCUGCAUGAGUAGUCAUGAGUCCUGCAUAGUACACAGAACAGCAGAAGAGAUGGCAAGUACGCUCUUGUCACUGGAAUUUAAUACUCUACUCCAGUAAAACUCAAAUAUUUGGUAAAAGGAAA